UUAGCAAUAAAAAUUUUGCCAUGGUAGCGAUGUUGUUACUCAUCAUAAGCUUCGUUGUCUCUUUUGUAUCUCUCCCAUAAAAAACAACCACGAAAUAGCACUCCAUUACCUCCUCGUCCCGAGAUCUGAAUACGUGAUUUCACAUCGAUACUCGAAGAUCCAGCAUGGAUUUCAUGAAGGUCAUCGAUCAAACCGUCCGUGAAAUUAAGAGGGAGGUGAAUCUUAAGGUUUUGAAGGUCCCUGAGAUUGAACAGAAGGUAUUGGAUGCAACAGAUGAUGAACCUUGGGGUCCUCAUGGCACUGCAUUGGCUGAAAUAGCUCAAGCCACAAAAAAAUUCACCGAAUGCCAGAUGGUCAUGAAUGUUCUGUGGACUAGACUCGGUGAGACUGGCAAGGAUUGGCGUUUUGUCUACAAGGCAUUGUCUGUUAUUGAGUAUCUAGUGUCACAUGGAUCUGAAAGAGCAGUCGAUGACAUAAUUGAACAUACUAUGCAGAUCUCAUCACUGACAGGUUUUGAAUAUGUUGAGCCAAGUGGAAAAGAUGUAGGACUGAAUGUGAGAAAGAAGGCAGAGAAUAUCGUGUCUCUUUUGAAUAAUAGAGAAAAAAUACAAGAAGUUAGAAAUAAAGCUGCUGCAAACCGUGACAAGUACUUUGGUCUUUCAUCCACUGGAAUAUCAUAUAAGUCAGGGUCAGCUUCUCUGGGUGGUGGCAACUUUCAGUCUGGUGAUCGAUAUGGAGGCUUUGGUAGUUCUAGAGAAGGUGAUAACUUUAGAAGUAGCUACAAAGACAAGGUUCAAUACGGAGAAGAAAUGGCUGGUAAUGAUUCUUUUGGAAAGUCACGUCACGGCAUCACGAGUGAGAGUCAAGGGAAUGGACUAAAAAAAGGAUCUACAUAUUAUGGAAGCAAGGAUCAAAAUAACAAGUCAACCAGUAUGUCAAAGUCAUCGGCAAAGUUAUCUGAGUCCGACAAGUACAGUUCAACUCAUUCCCAAAGCUCAAGUGUACCGUCGAAUAAUAAUGACGAAGAUUUUGAUGACUUUGAUCCUCGAGGAACUACAAGCAGUAAUCCGUCUGCAGGGAGCUCUAACCAAGUGGAUCUAUUUGGACAAAGUUUUGUUGGUGACCUCUUGGAUGUGCCGGCAUCUGUUCCCUCCGAAACAUCUGCUGUGAAUAACAAUCUGUCUGAGGUUGAUCUGUUUGCCGAUGCAACUUUUGUUUCAGCAUCUUCCGAAAUUGAAAAGGGGCCAAGCUCUCAGUCUCAGAUUGAGGUAGAUCUAUUUGCUUCCCAAUCAGCCAUCUCUUCUGCAGCUCCUCCAACUGUUGACUUUUUUGCCACUCCAGAUCCAGUUGUGCAACCAGAAAUGAAGACCCCAGACCUGGAUGCAAAAUCUGACCCAACAAAUACUAACAGUGUUGAUCCAUUUGCUUCAGUUCCAAUGAACAAUUUUGAUGAAUCUAGUCUUUUUGGUGAGUUCAGUUCACAUUCUCAUUCAGCUACUACAAACAAUCCACAAAGUCCUGCUGCCAACAGCAGCCUGAACAGCAUGGGCGGGAAAGCUUUAGAAGACUCUAAGCCUACACCAAAGAAGGAUGCUUUCCAAGUGAAGUCUGGAGUAUGGGCUGAUUCACUAAGCCGUGGACUCAUUGAUCUUAAUAUAACUGCUCCCAAGAAGGUAUCACUGGCAGAUGUUGGAAUUGUUGGACUGGGCGAUGGAUUAGAUGGAAGGGAGAAGGGACCUCCAGCUUCAAAUUACACAACGAGAGCAAUGGGUACAGGUUCUGGUCUGGGUAUGUCAGGUUUUGCAUCUUCACAGGCUCUCAGCAGCAGCGGCGGAGAUGACUUCUUCUCAAGUCUUGGGAGCCAACAAUAUCAAUUUGGUGGAUUCAAGAAGUAAAUUGAAUUUUGUUCCACCCUUCUCGCCUGCAUGUAUUUUCUCAUCAUAUUCUUUUGCCGUUUCGCUUUAAGAUAUAUCGAUGCGUCAAGCAAUGGCUUGCCUAUAGUUAUAAUUGCAUCAACUCAACUAUUUGGUGAUUGGAUGGAUAAAUGUAUCCAUCAUGAGUGGUGAUAAGCAGCGGGGCUUUUAUUGUGUCCAAUUGAUUGGAAACUGGUGUUCUUGUAAAGUCUAUUACUGAGUUGUGAACUUGCUUUAAAUUGUUCCUAGUUUUUGAA